AUGUCUGGAACCCUGUUUGCCCCUUCAAGUACAUCUACAGGCUCAGUGGACUCUGAAGAAAUUUACAGGACACGGCUGUUAUCUCAGCAAACCGGAGAUGUGUUUACAAUACCCUCUGCUAAGUCCAGCUCUAGACCAACCACCAAGUCACUUCCUUCUCAAAAUAUAGACAGGCUGUUGGAACAAAAUCCAUUCAAAAUCCCUGCAGAUGUUGAUAUUUUUUUGCUGAGAGAUAAACAGAAAGAAAAGGCCAGGAUGGAGCGAGAGCGACGGAAGACUUUGAAAGUCCACGAGAAGAUGACUUGCUCUACUCUGCAGAGUUCCAAACAGUCAGGAUUCAAGAGAGCGAUCCAAAUGGAAGAAGAAGCUGAGGACAAGGAGUUAGCAGCAGAAGCCGAACGACUCAAAAUGCUCAGAGAAAGCAUCUCCUGGAAGAUAGCAGUUACUAAAGACCAGGUUGUAGAGAGAGAGACCAUGCAUGAUUACAUCAAUCAGAAACGGCAGAUGUUCUUGCUGCAGUACGCUGUAACUGUGAAAAAAGAUGAAAUUCAGAAGCUGGAAAAUCUGGCAGUGGAAGAAGAAGCAAGGCUGGAAAAAGCUGAGGAAGACUUGGAAAAGGACGCUGCCAUGUUUGAUGAGUUCCUGAAAGAGAAUGACAGAAACUCUGCCCUGGCUCUGAAAAUUGCUGAAAAAGAAACCAAAGCAAAACUGGAGAAAAUAAUUGAGAUCCGAGAAUUGACAGCGCAAAUGAUGAACAUCCAAAGUGAGAUAGCCCGAUUUGAGGACACUUUGCAGGAGUAUGUGGUGUUCAAGGAUUUCCUCUACCAACUAUCUCCCAAAGAAUGGCGGGAAGAACGUGAAAGACGGCGGAUGAAAGAAAAGGCAAAUAAAUUCAAUUCUGACAAUAAAGAGGAAAAAUCAGUACAGUCAAAAGGAAAGGAUGUUCAAGAAUCUCAAGACAAGGGCCGACGUCGAAUAGCAAGCACAACAAAACAUUCUAGUUUUGACAUCAGUAAUGUAGAACCUUCCACUUCUAGAACGCCAAGCCAAAUUUUGUCUAGAAAGGAAUCUUUCAAAUUAAGCCGAGUAUCUUCUAGGCAGACUCUAAAGUCCCAACAAAGCAGAAAGCCGAGUGUGCAGAUUGCCCCAUCAGAAGAAAAAAUUAGUUCAGAAUUAUCUGAUGAAGAAGAUGAUGAGGUACCCGAAUUAUACUUUACAGAUCCACACCAGCUGCUGCAGCUUUUCACAGAGCUGGAAGAACAGAACUUGUCUCUGAUUCAGAAUUCUCAGGAGACAGAGGAAACCUUGGAUGAGCUCCGGCACACUUUGGAAAACACACGCAAUAAAAUGGAUCGUGAAAUAGAACAACUGAAAAUGCUUGCUGUCACUCUGCAAGCCAACAUCGUUAAAGAGGAGGAGACAGCAGCAGACCUGGAACUUAAAGCACGCGUCUUUUCUUUUGGGGAGUACAAAGCCGAUGUUCAGGACAAAAUGUUGGUGAGCUUGCAUCGAAAGGUAUUGGAAGUCUAUCGCCGCUGCAUUGGAGAGAAUGAGGCAAACCUGGGAACCUUGCAGAUGCUUACUGUUAUAGAACACCAGUUAGAUGACUUACUAGAAUGCCUUGAGAGAGUCCCUCCAGGAAAGAUAGAACAAGCUGAGAAAGCCAAAGAGAAAGAGCGAAGAAUGAGGAUGAGAGAAGAAAAGAUCAGGCAGCAGAGACAAUUGCAGGAAGAGAGGCUGCAGCGGGCCCUGGCAAGAGCACAAGCUGAUGUUAAGAAGAAGACUGGCAGAAGAUUAAUUUUUCGUUCUGAGCCUCCCGCUUUCAAGGAGAAAGAAGAUGAGGAUCAGGGGCUGAUCGAUAAAGAAAAAGAAGAGCUGCUCUAUUACUUUACUUAGCCGUCGAAAGUUGCAAGACAUUAUGAAGCAUACAGCAAAUGACAAACUAACAAGAGAAUAUUCCAACAAUACUCUGUAAAUUUGGGGAGAAAGCUAGUCUAUCCUAAGUAUAGUGAUAUACAGUAGAUCAAAAUAUGGAUGACAUCUUUUCAUAGUUGUAAAAUCAUUUUUGGGGGUCAGUAAAUUAACUUAGUGAUAGAAAACAUCUACCAGUGAUCAAAGAUCACAGACUAACCUAAAGUCUUGCAGCUAGGAAAAUAGAUAGAGCAGUGACAAGUACAAAUUUCUUUUUAAAAAAUUCAAUCUUCAAGAUCAGAUUCAUUUUUUUUUGUAAUUAAGCAGGUUGUAUGGAUAUAACAAAAAUAAAGUUGAAAUGAAGAAACUGAACAUUAAUUAAUUUUAUUAGUCUUUUUAACUCAGUGAUUAUAAAUAUCCAUUGCCAGCAAUGGACUUUGCCAGAAUAAAUCUAAUGCUUGCUCUCAAGCAAUUAGGAAUUUACAAUGAGUUAAAACUGAGUAUAUAAACUUCAUAAAAGAACACAUUUGUCUGUCCACAGAAGCAAUUACUUAUUCUUCAAUAAGCAAGACUCUGUAAAGCAGAAGCACCACAACAAAUGGAUACAAUUCACACUCUUACCAAGUUAGGGAUCCUCUUUGGGUUAAAAAGAACAGUGGUCUGCCUUAUACAUGCUUUGACAAAAAUGUAGGUCACACCUACUGUGGAAACCACAAAAUGUUUUUUUGACUCAAAGAAAAGGUAUGAGGAAUGAACAGGCUUCUUAUGGUCCACCUAUUUAAUCUAAAUCUACCUCUGUGUCUUUAUGACAGACAGAUGUGCUUGCAAUCCAGUUUAUAGAGGAUCACUAUCACAGUAAGUGUGUGAAUUAUUCCACUGAGUUUUUGAGGUGAGAAUUGUUUAGGGCAAAAUGCCCCCAAUUUCUCUUUAAAACUGAACCUCGGUGAU